CCUCCACCCCCCCGCAGCUCACUCGCGCCUCCCUGCCCCCCGCUUCCAAGGUCCCCACCAGCCCCGCGCAGCGCCUCAGGGACGCGGCGGCCGCACUGCUGCAAACCGCACUCACCUCCCCCUCCUCCUCCUCCUCCUCCCCCUCCUCCUCCUCCUCCUCCUCCUCUGCUGCCGCCCUGCUCCCCGCGCUGCUGUCCGACCUGCCGGCCCGCUGGGAGCGGCUGGGCGAUCUUGCGCUGCUGCCCGCCCCCGCACUCACCCACCCGGGCUGGAGGGCCGCGCUGGCACCGCUGGCAGCGGGAGGCAGCAGCGGGGGCGAGCAGCAGGAGGAGGUGUUGCUGCCGCUGUGGCGGGCGGUGGCGGGGGCGCUGGGGGUGGAGCGGCUGGCUCGGCAGGCGCCCGUGGCCAACACGGGCACUCGUGACAGCCGCGCAGUGCUGCUGCUGGGCUCGCACGGCUGGGUGGCGCACCGGGAGGGCGGAGUGCUCUUCCGGCUGGACGUCACCCGCUGCAUGUUCUCCAGCGGCAACGUGACGGAGCGCACACGCAUGGGC